AUGGCGUCCCUCGCGCGUGACAUGAACAAUGUUCCCAUGCAGGGAAUGGGCCAAUACAGUUCCAACGCGGCCCUGCAGCACGAGGCGAUGCUCAAGGCGUUGCCUCUUCUUGAGAAAGCGGCACAUCAGGCUACCCUCAACAAAAAGACGCCUGAUGACGAGCCAUUAACCGUCAUCGAGUAUGGGUCCGCCCACGGGAACAAUUCCAUCCGGCCGUUGGAACAAGUGUUGCAGUCAAUGACUGGCUCGACAGUUCAGCUCCUGCUCUGUGAUCGUCCAGAGAAUGACUUCACCACCCUGUCUCGCACCAUGUCGGGAUGGAUCGACGCUCUGGACAAGACGUCUGCGCCCAAGGCAAUUUUCCUCUCCAUGAUUCCACGAAGCUUCUACCAAGACGUGGUGCCUGCGGAAUCGGUCGACCUGGCCUUCUCGCUAGCCUGCCUUCACCACUUGGAGCACAUGCCGCCGGACCUUGAUGGCGCGCCAGACUCGGAGAGGAAACGCCUCCUGCAGAGACAGUCCCGCAGGGACCUUUGUCGCUUUCUUCGGCUUCGCGCCGGCGAGCUGCGGAGCGGUGGGACGCUGGCAAUGUCCUUUGUGAGCCAGUCAUCGCUGGGCAAAGAGAAUUACGCCGGCUUGGUGGAUUCCUGCCGCAGGGCCAUGGCGGACAUGGUCCGCGUCGGAGAGUUGCCGCUCGGCGUCGCUCGGGCAUUCCAGAUUCCCACCCAUGACAGAACGCUGGACGAUGUCAAGGGCGUGGUGCAGGAACUGGCAGAUGCGUGGAGGCUUCACGAUGUUUUCGAAGAGGGCGUCCUGCACCCCGCCGUCGAAGGCCUCGAGCGUGCAAAACAGUCGGACCCUCACGGGCGUGCGAGUGAGCAAUAUGCCAAGACGGUUGUGGAUUGGCUCAUGGCCGUGUGCUCUGGGUAUUUCCUCAAGGCAGUCAGCGUCGCCGCGCCCGACGUGUCCGCCGAACAGGCCGCCGUGCUGCUAUCUAAAUGGGUACAUGGCACGAGGGAGUCAUUCUUGCGAGACCACAGGGACGAGGAAGUGUUUUGUUCCUUUAUUUACGUGCUUUUGGAGCGCAUCUGA